AUGGAGUCCAGCAUUGCUUCACACACUAGCAAGUUGCUUGAACUUAGUACUAAAAAGAUAGAUCAGGAGAAACGCCCAAAGCUUCUGGAAGAGAUGCAUUGUUUGGCCGAGGAGGAAAAAGGAAAGAAAGAGAUCGCUGCUCUGCUUAAAAACGACAAAACAAUCGCCUGUUGUACUGUUGCAUUUUUACCUGCCGAAAUAGCAAAGUGCUAUCGGUCGGACCUAAUAGGUUGCAUUCCUGAGUCAUUGAGUGAAACGCAUUGCCAGCAGUUAGCUGAUUUGAUUACAAACAUUCGAUCAUUUCAUACCUUUGUCAAAGAAAAUGACAAAAAAGACUUCCGUAUGGAGUGGUUCGGCAGGCACAAGAAUGGGUCGCAUCGCAUCAACGAAAUUGAAUCCUUGGUCAUAUCAAUUCAGCUUUGCUUGGCUAUACGAGACAGGGUUUCAAUGAAUGGUUUGUCUAAACUAUGGGGAAGGAAGCUCCGUCCCUUGGGAAGGGAUAAAAAUGCACUAAAGCUACGUUUCACAAACUUUCUAAUGCCAAAGGGAUUGCAUGAGGAGCAACAUCAUUGGCGCCCGGCCUCUGUAAAGAAAGCAAUGAUAAGCAUCGUCUCCCCAAUUAAGAAGAUGAUGAGUCCAGUGUCCAAUGGAAAAAGGUCCAAUGGCCAGACACCUGCAACAAGAGAGACCAGUCAACUCUCUGAGAAAUCUGUAUUGGGCAACUCACAAGAUGAAUCCGUUGAAGCGACAAUUUGCCCUGUGGCAGUAGAGAAGAUGAAUAGUAUGUCAAUCGGAUUCGAUGAUCUGCAACCACAGAAUCCUUACAGGAGAAGAAUUGAAGAUAGUCCACAGAAAGGGACGUCGCAGCAUCCCAUCAAGAAGUCGGUGAAGAAGUCGAAGAAGCGAGGUUUCUCCUCCCCGCAAAUAGAGUUCAAGCAAACGCUUAGCCCACGCUCAAAAUCACCAGUGCGGGUCAAAGGAAAACCCAACGGUCAGACGCCAGCAAAACCGUUCAAGAUAUCUGUAUUGGAGACCUCACAAGAUGAAUCCAUCAAACUUGAGGUGUCCUUCCGGCGACUCGUCAAUGUGUUAGCUCAUCCAGAGAAAGGGACGUCGCAGCAUCCCAUCAAGAAGUCGGUGAAGAAGUCGAAGAAGCGAGGUUUCUCUUCCCCGCAAAUAGAGUUCAAGCAAACGCUUAGCCCACUCUCAAAAUCGCCAGUGCGGGUCAAAGGAAAACCCAACGGUCAGACGCCAGCAAAACCGUUCGAGAUAUCUCUAUUGGAGACCGCACAAGAUGAAUCCAUCGAACUCGAGGUGUCUCCCCGGCGAAUCAUCGAUGCGUUAGCUCGUCCAGACAAAGGGACAUCGCAGCAUCCCAUCAAGGAGUCAGUAGGGAAGUCGCUCGAGCUAUAUGUCUUGGAGAACUCACAAGAUGAAUCCAUCAAAAUUGCCAAUGCGUUACCCAUCGUGGAGAGGACGUCUCAUAUCGACAGUGAGUGGUCCAGGAAUUCCAAUGAGAGAGGCACAAAUGGUAACCCAGCAAAGGUGACCCCAACAAAUGAGCUUGAUAGCAGUUUCAGUUUUGGAAGUCAAUACUCAAAAGAGGAAGACGAAGAAGAUCCAGUCACGGCAGAUUGUCAUGGCACUUUACCAACUGAGAAUGAGACAGAAAUCAUCGAUUAUUCAUCAGAUGACUCCGCUUUCGUCCCAGAUAGUGACUGUUAUACUGACGACUCGUCUAACGAUGAGCCAAACAAUGACUUCGGCGAUCAUGAUGACGACUCCUCUACCGAAGAACCUGAUGAUGAAGCUGAAGAAGAAGGAAAGUUUCGUCGAAAGAUUGAUAAACUUGGCUUAGGAUCAGCCGUUGACGCAGUCUUAGCCACUGGAAGAAAAGCUCGUAAAUUCGCUUUCCAGAAUCCUAAGGGUGGUCAAGCGACUCGAUAUUCUCAAAUCCCAGUGAGUUCAUCAAGGAAAAGGUUUGCCAAAAAUGCAAAAGAAACAGAAUGGAUUCAAAACGUGGUCAAUAUGCCUGGGAACGAAAACCUCACAGAGACUCAAAAGGCAGCGUAUCUGUUUGAAAACCUUCUCAAAUUUUAUCCCGACCUGUUGGACGUUUCUGCAGAAGAAUGCGGGAUUCGAGGACUCAACAGAAUGCUCCCAAUGGACGCACACAAAACACUAGCGAUGAUGAAUGAAGCCAACAUGACAUACUAUACCCUUCGAGUCGUCAAGCGUUACAUCUGGGAUCAUUUCAAAAUACGCUUCACAGCUCCUGAGGAAAGGAUCAGAGAAAUCACAGCUCACCUCGUUGAACCUAUCCAUGGAACGGUCAAGAUUGACGAAACAAUAAUCACAUAUUGGUACCGCCCAAUCACCAACGUCGUUCUGAACUUGUUUAAACAUGAAUUCAAAGAUCUUGAAUUUCAUGAAUGCAAGGUAAUUUUGGGAGGAGAUCAUGGGGUUGGAGUUUUCCACAUGUCCAUCAAAGUCGUUCUUUACAGACAGGAUGGAACAAUUGCGAGAGAAGCAAUCGAAAAAGUAGGCCAUAUCAAUAACGGAAAGGAUACCUACCAAGUUUUGAAUGAAACCAUUAUGCAACCACUUGAGGAGUCAUUGGCAUUGCUGGAGAAAUCUGCACUUCGCAUCCCAAAAGAUUGUGCACUUGUCACUUUCAUUCCUCUUACCGAAUGCAAUUCUUCAAAUGAUAGUGCUUUCCGAAUCAUCACUCUCAUAGUGGCAGCAACUGGAGAUUUGGCAUGGGUCAACACAAUGCAGGGAAAGGAGAAUAUGUCAUCCAAAUGGUGCCCUUAUUGCGAUCUUCACCCAAACGAGUUCAAAAAUAUCGACCAUAAUCCAGGCAACCUAUGGACUCUCGAAAGCAUGGCGCGGACUCGAAAUUUCAUUGCAUCGGGAGUAUACCCAGCCAAGGACAAGGCUCGACUUCAGAAGGGAUGCACACGUGCUCCGCUCUCCAAGGUCUUGCAGCCACAACGUUACAAGCCUCCGGUCCUUCACGUCAUGAUGGGAGGGUUCAAUUUUGCGAUUAAAGGAUUAUACGAUUACGCUGAUGCACGACAUGAAAAAGUUCCAGAGAAGGAGCGUAAGAAAAGGAUCGAAUACUUUGAUGCCAUGGACAUUCUGGAUAGCUUAGAAGAGGAAUUCAAAUCCCUUGAAGAUCCAGAGAGAAUAAAACACAAGAGAAAAGAAUGCAUUUCAGAGAAGAAGAAAUUUCAAGAUUUAAAGAACCCCCAAGAGCGAUUUCCUUGUACCUGCGAAGAAGACCCACAUCCUGACUGA